AUGCCGAGAUCAGAAUGGUCUAGGUUAACCUGGGCCUACUGUAUUCUUGUGCUAGCUGGUUCCGGGGUUGGAGAUCACAAUCAAGAUACACUACGGGCGAUUGAAAACCAGCUGCCGAAGCAGGUACCGAUAUCCGAUACGAUAUGUGCCGUGGAGAAUAUAAAUCCGUGGGAGGUGGAGGCGGAGAUAUUUUGUGAGCCAGUUUGUGUUGCGACGCGUGGGAGCUCGGCGCAUGAUGCUAUUGUCGCGCCUGUAACUACUGCGACAGACUCUGCAACUACGGUGGAAGAAAGUUCUGGCGCUAGUACUAUUACCGGAGCCGGAGCCGGAGCUACACCACCAGUCGAGCAAGUUACGGUUGAAACAGACACAGAGCAAGACACAGACUCUUUGCUUGAUAGUGCAAGUUUUCUUUCCUUUGAGGACUGGAAGAAGCAGAACCUAGCCAAGGUUGGGCAGUCUGCUGAGAAUGUUGGAGGCGGUCGACGAGUAGCUGCAGCUGGCAAGGAGGGUCGUCGUCAACCGGGGAUCAACAAUGCGUUGGAUUCACUUGGCGAUGAUGCGGAGAUUGAGCUGGAAUUCGGUGGGUUUGGGGCUGAGACACCCGAAGCCAGCCCUACUGCGUGGGGCACGCCGAUUUCAUCAGCACAUGCCGAUAAUUUGGAUGCUCGUGUUGAAAAUGAUAUCAAUGCUCAGCGUGUUCAACAGGCAGAACUUUCACGCCGCAAGGAUGCCGGAACAACGUGCAAAGAGCGCUUCAAUUAUGCCUCUUUUGAUUGUGCGGCUACCGUGCUGAAGACCAAUCCAGAAUGCAAAGGAUCGUCAUCGAUUCUUGUUGAAAACAAGGAUAGUUACAUGCUGAAUGAGUGCAGGGCUAACAACAAGUUUUUGAUCCUGGAACUAUGUGAUGACAUUCUUGUGGAUACAAUUGUGCUUGCCAACUACGAGUUCUUCAGCUCAAUCUUCCAUACGUUCCGUGCUAGCGUGUCUGAUCGUUAUCCUGCAAAGCCAGACCAGUGGAAAGAGUUGGGUGUGUAUGAAGCGCGCAAUACUCGGGAGGUGCAGGCCUUUGCGGUCGAAAACUCUCUGAUUUGGGCACGCUACCUUCGCAUCGAGUUCUUGACGCAUUAUGGUCAUGAAUUUUUCUGUCCUGUCAGCCUUGUCCGGGUUCAUGGAACGACGAUGAUGGAAGAAUACAAGCAUGAUGAGAGUGCUGACCGGGGCGAGACGGAAGUCUUGGAGACGGUUGAACAUGUGGAGACCCUCAGGGAGGUUGAAGCUGAGAUAGCUGCACUCUCAGUGGAUGAAUUUGUACCGGAAGAGAUCGAGAGGGAUCAAUCUCCUGACAUCUGCCUUCAAUCUCCAUCAGAGGUAGAACUUCUCCUACUUGGUGUUGCACAGAAACCCACGGAGAUUUGUGAUAUUACCGAGCGGCCGCCAGGCGAUACUGCCCCAGACAGAUCCGCUGCGACGGACCCAAGCAAGCAAGUACCACGCACCGAUUCUACAGGAUCUACGGGGGAGGGUGUUCAAGCCUCCCAGUCUGGCCACUCAGCUCCACCAAAGGCAGUUGAAGAUCUCCGGAAACCGGGGGACACCGCGAAAGCGAUAGUGACCACGCCUGACGCCUCAGCUGCAGCCGCAGAGUCAGGGCAGCAGGACUCUACUGUCGAGAAUCCUGGUAAAUCAACGGGGAGCUUUAAGGAAGAAAACACCCCACAGCCUGAAUCUAUCAGACCAACAUCGACCCAACCUCCUUCUUCAAACCCAACUACCCAAGAGUCAUUCUUCAAAUCCGUCCAAAAGCGACUUCAAAUGCUUGAAUCAAAUUCUACCCUCUCUCUUCUUUAUAUUGAGGAGCAAUCUCGUAUCCUCCGCGACGCAUUCAACAAGGUCGAGAAGCGUCAACUCGCAAAGACAUCUACUUUUCUCGAAACUCUCAAUGUGACUGUUCUCAGUGAGCUUAAAGAGUUCCGAGAGCAAUACGACCAGGUUUGGAGCUCUGUAGCGUUCGAGUUUGAGCACCAACGAAUGCGAUAUCACCAAGAACUGCAUUCGCUUAGUGCCCAACUCGGUGUGCUAGCCGAUGAGUUGGUCUUCCAGAAACGGGUUACCAUCAUCCAGAGCAUCAUGGUUCUAUGCUGUUUUGCUCUGGUUUUAUUUUCGCGAGGAUCUGUCAGCAACUAUAUGGAGUUUCCUCGCGUCCAACGGAUGGUCACUCGCUCCUACAGUCUGCGAGACUCGUCCCCUAUUUCCCCAUCUGCCAGUCCCGGGUCUACCCGACCUACCUCUUCCUACCGCGAGAAUGAAACCCAUCGACGAAACCUCUCGGAGAGUUCCUCGUCGCAGGACAGCCCCAGUCCCAGUCCUGUCAGCCCAUCUAUCUCAUACAUCCCGCCGACUCCGACAUCUGACAUUUCCCGGGAGAUCGAGGACAACGAUAAAAUCGACGCACCUCCAUCUCCAGAUUCCAUGUCGGUGCCCACCUUUGAAACUCCCCAAUUCCGAUCUCAGAGUACUCCUCCUGUAUUGAAUGGUCAUGCCCCGAUCCUGAACCCGGAUCUCGUGGUAGACGAAUUUGCAUCGACAUCUGAGAGCUCUCAGACAUCCGAUGAGCAAUUUUUAACCCCCUGA